UUGAUGGACACGCUUCUUCUCUGUGCUACUUCUUCAAAGGGUCUUUUUGAAGCAAACCAUGAUCCAAUCAUCACGUUUCUGAUCCAUGUUAUUGUCUUCAAGCGUCAUGGGUUCCUUGCUCUAAACUCAUCUCUAUUUGCUUCUUUAUUGUCACUUUGGUUCGGUGGUUUUGUCUUAUCUUCUAGUUACAUAAUGUCGUUUUUGUUUUGUUGGUUUAGAUUUGUGGAGGAUGAUCCUGCUAUUGAUCGGUGAUGGCUUUGACUGAUCGUUGUCACUCUCUUACUCAUGUUGCUCUUCUAGAGUUUGGUUUCUAAAUUGAUCAUUCAAGGCUUUUUUAUUAUGUUCAUGCGAUUUUUAACUCUACUUGGCUCUGUUAAUUUUAGAUUGUGGAGGAGGAUGCUUUGAUGGUUUGUAUUUGUCCUCUCUAUGCUACAUCUUCAGAUCAUGAGGAACUUGGAUUACUGUGUGGGAGGUUCAAAGUGAAAAAACAAACAUUGUGGGAGCGUUUGAUUUCUGAGUUUAACUUUCAGGUCGUGGAAUGUCGAGAAUGUGAAGGAGGUACGUAGUUCCAUUUUGUUAACUUUCCAUCUACAGUAUUCUCUGUUACCUCGUUGGUGGUUUUUCUCUUUUCUUUGGAGGUAUGGUCAUUUUUUCUUCCCCUUUUCUCUUCUUCUCUUUCUGAUUUCAUGAUUUGCAUUUUUCUACCGUUUAAAUGCUAAUCACUUCUGUUUGGGAUGGUGUUUUUCUUUCUAUGUGAAUUUGAAUGAUGCAAGUAGAUGUUCUGUUUAGACUUGUUUGCCCAGAUUCCUUUCAAGUCUACAAGUUGUCUCAACAGGGCUGACUGAACUUGGGGAUUCCAUCUUUUUGGGUUUAUUUGUCUUGACGCCUUUGUCUGUCUGUUAUUUUCUUCUGAUUGUUAUAUGCUUACUGUGUAUUUUUAAGCUUUGAUUUCCUCAUUAGUUGCUGAUCUCAAUUGGUAUGUUUCAUUUUUUUUGGUUAUUAUUUGUCCUGUGUGUGUCUUCCAGCUGUAUUUCUUUCAUCCAUCACUUGACUCUAAUCUUUUGCAGUCUACUAGCAGUCACAUGAACGAUGACCAUAAGUUCUUUUGUUAUAUGGGUUUGUACUUGUUUUUUUGACCUUUUUAAGAUAAAUAUGUCUACUAACGUAGUUUUUGUAUUGAAUAUCUUGGAGUCUUUUACGACUGUUCUAGUCUGAGCUCAUCUUGUGCAGAAAGCUAGACAUGUUGAUUCAUGAGUCAUGACUCAUGACCGUUUUUAACAACCAGUGAGGUGGCUUUUAUGUUGUGGUGUAGAUUACUUGUUGCACCUUGUAGUCAUAAAGCGGCCAGUCUGCCACAGUGAACUUUCACUUUUCUAAAUUGCUUGGGUGGUCUUUUCUUAUUUACUUGUCUGUUUUCUUGUUGAUUAAGAUUGUGGAGGAUGCUAUAAAUGUUGAUCGGUGAUGGCUUUGAUUGAUUGAGAUUGUGCACACGUUUUCUCUUUUGCCGGUGUCCUUUCUCCCAAAUUCAGUUCCUAAGUAGAUUGUUUUUUUCUGUAUGUUGAUACAUAUCGUGGAGGCAAUGGGAUUUCUAUGUUGAGUUGAAUGUAUCUUCUCGCCUAUCAUCUUUUGGUUUUUUCUGAUUUCUCUGUGCUGCAUCUUUUUUUUGUUUUUUCCCCCGAGUAACACAACUGCCUGUUAUAUCAACAAUUACCUCUGUUAUAUUCGGUCUCAGUUGAUCUCUGAUCUCUCGGCAUUCCAUGUUACCUCUUUGCCGGUUUCUUAUUUCUCUCUGUUUCCUUAUUAGGGUCUAUCUUUAAUUUUCUUCUGAUUGUUAUAUGUUUAUAGGGUAUUUUUAAGCUUUGAUUUCCUCAUAGGUUGCCGCAAGGAAUGAUCUCAAUUGGUAUGUUUCAUUUUUGUUAUUAUUUCUCUUCUGUGUGUCUUCCAGCUGGAUUCUUUUAUGUCUACUAACGUGGUUUUUGUAUUGAAUAUAUUGGAGUCUGUUAGGAUUGUUCUAGUAUGAGCUCAUCUUAUGCACAAAGCUAGACAUAUUCUUGUUACACAGGUUAACAAUAAGAUUUGGACAGUGGUGCCACUGGGGAGUCUUCAACAUUAUUUUGCCAUGUUAUAUGCUUGUGAUUGUGGUUUUUUUUCUCUAAUGUGAAGUGUUUAAUCCUACUCUCAUAUGCUUUUGAUGGUGGUUUAGAUGCUAAUCACUUCUGUUUGGGAUGGUGUUUUCUCUUUCUAUGUGAAUUCAUUAUCUUCGUACAUGAAUUUAUAUGAUGCAAGUAGAACUUCUGUUUGGACUUGUUUGCCUAGAUUCCUUUCAAGUCUACAAGUUGUCUCAACAGGGAUGAACUUGGGGCUUCCAUCUUUGGUUGAUUCAGGUGUAAUGAGCUUCUUUUUCCUGGGUUAGAUUCUUGGUAUUUAAGAGAAGUAAGCUGUGAGUUCCUCACUGGUUGCCUCUAGGAUUGAUCUCAACUGGUGUGUUUCAAUUUUGUUAUUGUUUUCUCCUCUGUAUGUCUUAUUGUAUUUUCCCAUGAUUUCUUCAUCGAUCAGUUUACUCUGAUUCCUUUUGCAGUCUACUCACAGUGAGAUGAAAGAUGAUCAUUACAUCCUUUUAAAAUGGGUACGUUGAGGAUGUGAAGGAGCCAGACUCACUUCUUCUGUUUUGGUCACCACUAUAUUUGAGGGAGAUGUGAUCAGCUUUCCUUCCUUGUAGUCGCAGUUUUGGAUUCCUGCAUGUAGAUCUUUUGGUAUAUACUAUUUGGCGUUUCUAAUGAUUGUCUCUUCUAAUCUUCCUUCCACUGAAACGUUUGUUCAAACUAAAGCGACAUCGUUUUAGAAUUGGUCAUGGACCUAUCGACUUGGCCUGUUAUUUAAUUGAAUUAAUUGGGCCUAUAUAUUCGCACAAGACCGGGUUUGUAAAAGAACUGGCUAAUAGCAAGACACGUGGACUGACCCCAUAAAUUUACAAGUGAGACCGCUUAUCACAAGUGUUGGUUGGUUUGGUUGAUUCAAGAACCCAUGGCUCUGUUUCAAGAAAAGCUGUCACUGUCCUCAAGUUAUUCGUCGUUUCAUUCUCUUCCGAGGUUAGUCGUUCCCAAGCCUCAUACUAGUAGAGUCGCCGUGACAAGGUCCCGUUCGAUUUGCAGAGCGUCGUGGCAAGAGCUUGCCGGAGUGUUGGUUUUCUCGGCGAUACCUUUCACGGCGGUUAAAGCAAUCGCGAACAGCUCAUUGGGAGAAUCUUUGCGGCGGAGAUUGGAAGAGAAAAAGAAAGAAGCCGUUGAGAAUUCUUCAAGAUUCAAAGCUAAAGCUCAAAAGGCUAGAACCGACAGCAAGUGGUAUGGAGAAGAACGUCCCCGUUGGUUUGGUCCAAUCCCAUAUGAUUACCCUCCAUACCUUACAGGAGAACUUCCAGGGGAUUAUGGAUUCGACAUUGCUGGACUUGGCAAGGAUCGUUUGACUUUUGAUAAGUUCUUCAACUUAGAAAUACUUCAUGCUCGUUGGGCCAUGCUUGCAGCGUUGGGUGCUCUGAUCCCUGAAAUAUUUGAUCUCACGGGAGCUUUCCAUUUUUCUGAACCUGUAUGGUGGCGAGUUGGUUACUCGAAGCUUCAGGGAGAAACGUUGGACUACCUGGGCAUUCCAGGGCUGCACUUAGCUGGAAGCCAAGGUGUCAUUGUAAUCGUCAUUUGUCAAGUACUCUUGAUGGUAGGACCGGAAUACGCAAGAUACUGUGGCAUUGAGGCGUUAGAGCCACUGGGAAUAUACUUGCCAGGGGACAUAAACUAUCCCGGAGGGAGGCUUUUUGAUCCCUUGAACCUCUCUGAGGACCCGGUAGGUUUUGAAGAUCUUAAGGUUAAAGAGAUUAAAAACGGGAGACUAGCUAUGGUCGCGUGGCUUAGAUUCUAUUCACAGGCUGCUUUCACUGGAAAAGGUCCUGUACAAAAUCUUGUUGACCAUGUCUCUGAUCCUUUACAUAACAAUCUGGUAGCCAUGCUUCUUCAGACAUGAAGAGACUAUUAGAUGUAUGUACAUAUGUCAAAAAAACUCAAUGCGUGAAUAUGUUUAAUACCAUAUGUUACUUAGUACAUGAUAACUAUAACCAACACUUAUCUAUUUCUAAAUACUAAAUCCUGUAAUUUGCAACU